GAGAUGCUUCAUCAGUGACAUCACAGUGAUUGCCACCUCCCUUGGACUACUUCAGGCCCUGCCCAGAGCCCAGGAGUCCAGACAGCCCGGGAGAGGAGCAGGAGUUGGAGCCCAAGUUGGAGAGAGAGGAGAGGCCUGCUGCAACCAGGAGGUGAGGACCAGAGGAGGUCUUUGGUGUGCCCUCAGAAGUCCGCCUUCAGUUCUCACCGAGCCACUCAGAAUGGAGUGGACCACCCGGGAGCUGUUCCUCAACUUCACCGUUGUCCUGAUCACAGUUAUCCUUAUGUGGCUCCUUGUGAGGUCUUAUCAGUACUGAGAGGCCAUGCCACGCUUCUGGGAUUGACUGCAACACUCCAGAGCUGCCUGCUGUGUGCCCUGAGAUCUCACUGCUGUCAUGGGAUGCCUUUCUUGGCACCCCAAGGCACUUCUGACCUGCACUCACAAUAUCCGAGGUGCCUCCAGUGCUAGGAUCGAUUGUGUGUUCUCUAAAGAUGCUGCUCUCAAGGGCUGCCAAGUGUUUGCCUGUGAGCGUUAGAUUUAUUCCCCCAACUCUUACUGCAAAUGUGUUAGACAAACCACAAGGUUAAAAUUAAACUGGAUUCAUGAUGAUGUAGAAUUGUAACAAGCCUCUGAUCUGUCUUACCACACAUCCUUUCAACCCACACUGUCUGCAACAAAACUCUAAAUCAACCUGCCAGAAGAAAGAAAUGUUAGAGGAAGUCUUUGUCAGCCCCUAUAACUAUCAUGUGAAUAAAGUUAAGUCAACCACAAAAA